UGUAUGCCGUCCGCGCUGUUCCCGAGGACCCGGACAUCCUGGUCCUUCUCCGCACUGUCCAGUGAGGGGGAGACGGAGGCAGACCGAGACCCAGAGAACAGGCCAUCCGAUGGCGAGUCCAUCUCGCCAACGCGUCCAUCGGAGAGGAGCACGUCGGCCUCACCCCUGUCCCCCGUCUCGCCGGCCCUCUCCAGGCGCUCGAUGCCCCUCACCUCCACGCCGGCAUCCGCCGACGCCCCCGCACCCACCGCGACCUCUGACCUCAGCAGGGCCAGCACUCAGGCCCGCACCAGCGGCAGGAAGAGGAGACGCCUGGCGGCCAGCCCUGGAGGACUGCACUGGGACGCCACAGGUGCAGUGCUGAGGGAGCGUUCGGAGGUGCGGAGCAGCUGCGUCCAGCGUCCCGCUGCGUCCACUGACCCCUCGUCUCCUCCCUCGCUGGACGCGUCGGCGCGCCACAACCUGUCCGUCAGGAAGACCGUCUCCGUGGACGACCGGCUGCUCCACACGCCUCCCGCGGAACAGCAACGCAUACUCAGCCGCAUCGACAAGGGCAAGAAGAAGCUGCGCAACAUCCAUAGUCUUGGGUCGACGGGGAGGUACGAACCUCGUAAAAAGUCGGACAGUAAGAUCCAGCGCCUGGCCCAGAGACUCCACCGGCAGAGCGAUGCGGCGCUGAUCCGGGACUUCCGACCAUUCCUCUUCCUGCCCGGAACGCCAGGGACAUCCCAGAGCCUCGACAGGUCCUUCUCAGCCAGCAUGACUCAGCAGAUGCAGAACCUGCAGCUGACUCAGAGUGGGCGGAGAGGAGCUGGCCCCGCCUCCCCCAACGCCGCCAAGCGCCUCUACCGCAACCUCUCGGAGAAGCUCAAGGGCAGCCACUCCUCCUUCGAGGACGUCUACUUCUUCGGACGAUCACGCAAAGCCUCCACGCUGCAGAGCACGGAGGCCAUGUUCGAUGCGGUGGAGCAGCAGGACUUGGACACGGUGCAGAUCCUGCUGUACCAGUACACGGCGGACGAGCUGGAGCUGAACACGCCCAACGGCGAGGGCCUGACGCCGCUCGACGUGGCGCUCAUGACCAACAACACGCCCAUCGCCCGGCUGCUGCUCCGCGCCGGCGCCAAGGAGAGCCCGCACUUCAUUAGUCUGGAGAGCCGCGAGGCCCACCUCACUGCGCUAGUGGACGAGGCGCAGAGACAGGCGGGUGAACUGGCCAAUCAGGUGAUGAGGGAGAGCCUGACGUUGGACACGCCGGACAGCGCGAAGGACAAGCAGCUGAAGGCCUGGGAGUGGCGCUGCAAGCUCUACCAGCGCAUGAAGACGGGCUUCGAGCACUCGCGUACUCCAGAGGCUCCCUCCUCAGUGCGCCUGAGCGUGACGAGCAACACGUCGCUCACCGUCACCUUUCAGGAGCCAACCAGCAUCAACUCCGCCGUAGUCACCAAAUACAGAGUGGAGUGGAGCUGUCUGAAGGACUUUUCUCUGCUAGCGGGGGAAAUGGUGUUGGAGAAUCUGCAGAGCCUGAAAUGCACCAUCAAUGCCCUCACCACAGGAAGGCAGUACUAUGUCCAGGUGUCAGCCUACAACAUGAAGGGCUGGGGACCCCCCCAGCUGUCUGUUCCUCCAUCCGCAGCUCCCUCCAACUGGAAGGAUGUUGACGGGCGAGAGCCGAGGAGGCGUGGCCACAUAGAGGCUAUGGAACGCCUUCUGCAGCAGGUCCGAGCCACACACCAGCACUACAGCUGCCCAGACCCGUCUAAGCUGCUGAACCCGAGCCGUAAGCAGUCUGUGUCCAGGAGUCUGAAGCAUCUCUUCGCCUCCUCCUCCAAGUUUGUCAAGACGCUCAAGAGAGGGAUCUAUGUGGCUGCAGUGUUCUACCAUAAGGACAGUGUUCUGGUCACCAGUGAAGACCAGAUCCCCAUAGUGGAGGUGGACGACUCCUACAGCAGCACCUUCAUGCAGGACUUCCUCUGGUUCACCAAGCUGUCGUGUAUGUGGGACGAUGUGCGUUGGCUCAGACAGAGCAUGGCUGUGUCCAGCUCCUCCUCCUCCACCCUGCAGGCCCGGCAGAAGUUGCUGGCUGCUGUUGGACAGCUCCAGAACCUUCUGGGCACCCACAACCUGGGCCGGGUGCACUACGAGCCCAUCAAGGAUCGCCAUGGCAACGUGUUGCUGGUGACGGUGCGGGAGACAGAGAGCCACUUCUCCUUCUUCAACGGCAAGUGGCUGCAGGUGUCCAAGCUGCAGAGCCAGCGCAAGAGCCUGUCCACGCCAGAGGAGCCCUACGCACUGGACAUACUGCUCAUAACUCUACAGGACAUCCUGUCGUACCAGAAGCGUAGCUUACACCGCUUGUCUCCUGGGCUGUACCUGGGCUACCUGAAGCUCAGCAGCUCAGUGGACCAGAUCAAAGUGCUGGUGCCGCAAAGGACCCCCAACAUGCUGUGCCACACACGCAUACGAGACAACGGCAAUGUCUCCAGAGAGGAGUGGGAGUGGUUGCAGAGCCUGUCGGGGGCGGAGGUGUCGGAGAGGUCAGAUGUGGGGGGGGACGCUGCCCAGCCCCCCCUCCUGCACCACGAGCUGCAGGCGGCCAUCAAGAGCCUGCUCAGGCAGAUCAACCUACCUGUGCCACAGGCGCAGCACUUCCGCGUGUACAGUCAGGAGGUUCUGGAGCUGGGCCACGGAGUGUGUUUCCUGCUGCUGUUGCCCAGUAGUGAGGCCGUCUGCUCCGCGCCCGGACAGACCAACCCAUACACACCUCUCGCCGGCUUCCUCAACCUGCCGCUCCAAAUGUUUGAGCUGGUGCACUUCUGUUCGUAUAAGGAGAAGUUCAUCAGCCUGUACUGCCGCCUCUCCUCCGUGCUGGACCUGGAUGCCCUGAUUACCCAGCAGGCUUUGCGGGAGGCCAUCACCGACACAGAGGUGGCCACCGCCAAGCAGAGACACCAGCACAUCACCGACUUCAUACAGCACAUGGAUGAGAUCUGGCGGGACGUGCGCUGGUUGACGGACGCGCUGCAGUACGCGCGCUACAAGCAGCCGGUGGGGGGCGUGUCCAUCAGCUGUCUGCUGGACAUGAGCGAGGAGGCCGCCGCCCACAAGAGCGACUCCACCUCCUCCAACACCGACUACGUGCCCACGCCCUCGCCCUCACCCAAGCCGCGCCGCAGGAAGCCCACUACUGACUCCCAGCCCGGCUCGGACGAGGAAGGCUGCUCGGACGUCUUCCUCCCGACGGACAGCGACUACGACUCGAGCGACGCGCUGAGCCCUCGCGAGCUGGACCUGGUCUACUCGUCGGCCCAGGACCUCUCCCAUCAGGCCGUGCAGGCGCUGAGCGGCAGCGCCCCCGACGUGCUCCAGGUGCACGAGCGCAAGUACAGCGUCUGCCCCUCGCCGGGCCUGGGCCUCCCGGGCCUCGGACCCGACCGCGACGCCUUCUCCCGGGACAUGGAGGACCUGUCGCUGUCCGGCUACCCGGGCCGGCCGACGCUGGACAGCAAGCCGCCUCCGUCGCCCCUGCCGGUGUCGGUCUCGUCCCAGCGGAGGGGCGUGUUCCUGUCCGACCCGCCCACCAAGAGGAAGCUGCUGUCCAAGAGCCACCCCCAGCGCAGCUACUUCCCGUCGCCCCAGCGCUGGCUCCGCGUCCAGAGUGACGGCCAGGCGGCCGCGUGCCUGUCCGAGGGCGUCUACACGCACCAGAGCGAGCUGGUCGCCGUGCCGACGCUGGCCCUGGAGCUGCCGCUGACCCCCCCGACCCCGACCACCCCGACCCCCCACGCCACGACGGGGUCCGCCCCGUGCCGCUCGCCCAUGCGCGACCCCAAGCCCAGCGUCCGGCGCAUCUUCGUGGAGCCGUGCGAGCCGGCCGCUCCCGCCGCCGUUACCCGAUGCACGGCCGGCUCAGCACCGGGCGGCCGGCCGGACGGCGGACGACAGGAAGCGCUGCAGGAAGUGGACUCGGACGACCAGACGAACGAGCAGGUGUCGGAGAUCCUCAGCAGUACACUCUAGAAGCAGCCCGUUUAGGGGUCACGCGAUCGAGGCGGUCACUUCACCAGACUUGAGAACGGACCUGUUUUUGUUUUGGUUUGUUUGUUUGUUUGUUUUUUUUUGUUUUGGUCAGUUAUUUGGUCAUGUGAUUUGGUCAUGUGAUUUGGUCAGGUGAUUGCGCUCAUGUCCGGCUUGAGCUGGACGUGAGUCGCUCCUAUGAAUAAGUCCGUAAGUCCUAAACCCCCUUAGCAUGCAACGUCUUUCUACGUCUGUCUAAAUACAGGAAAAAAAACAAAAAAAAGUUGCUGGUCGACUCAUCUGAAGCAUUCAGAAACCAUGGCGACGACUGUUAAUGAUGUCCACCAAUGCAACGUGAUACGAGGCACUGCUGACGCUCCUCAACUUGAAUACCACAUCUGGCACAUACUGCGCUGCGAGUGUGUGUGUGUGUGUGUGUGUGUGUGUGUGUGUAUGUGUGCGUCCAUGUGUGUGUGCUGGUUCCCCUGGCAUACUUUAUUCUAUCAGUCAGCUUGCAUUUUAUCAUAAUUUGCCCAGGAAAAUGAGGAGAAAUUACAAUAUUGUGUGUGACUGUGUGUGUGUGUGUAUGUGUGAGUGUGUGUGGGUGUGUGAGUGUGUGCACGCAUCCACGUGUGUGUGUUCGUUCCCCAAACAUAUUUUAACUCACAAGUCAUUUGAUUUUCAUGGUUUGGUGUUGAGGAAUAUAACGUGAAAGAAGAAUGUGUGUGUGUGUGUGUGUGUGUGUGUGUGUAUGUGUGUGUGUGUGUGUGUGGUGUGUGUAAGUGCGAUGAGCAUAUUUAAACACACCAGAUUUCUUUUCCUAUUGUGUGUUGAAGAAAAUGAGUGUGCUGAAGUAUGUGCUGGUGUGUUUAUCCAUUAUGUUGUUAUUUGUGUGUGCGUGUGUUUGCAUGUGUGUGUGUGUGCAUGUGUGUGCGCGUGUGAGUGAGUGUGUGUGUGUGUGUGUGUGUGUGUGUGUGUGUGUGUGUGUGUAUGUGUGUGUCAGCUCUUCUGUGGGUGCGGACACACACAGUCACAGGCGGUUUGGUUUAAUUGUUUUCCAUGAAAAUGCGUCUGUGUGUGCGUCUCUGCAGUCUGAGGUAAUUGUACACACACACACACACACACGCACACACACACACACACACACACACACACACACACACACACACACACACACACACACACACACACAUACAUACACAAGCCCUAUUCUACCACGCCAUCCACCCCAUCUCUCUCUCUCUCUCUCUCUCUCUCUUUCUCGCUAACUCCCACUCUCUCUCUCUCUUUACC